AGGAGCUGUUGUGGUGCACAGUGUCAGGGCUGUGUCCGUGAAACGGUUCGCCGGUGCCUUCAGCGCACUUUGUUUUACACCUAUGUGGUUAUAACUAUAUCAAAGGGCAAGAGAGUGUAAUCCAGCGCUUUCCUCGCUGCACAAGUCUAUUUGCGGACCCGUGUUUAAAACUGCAACCUUUUCUGGGUGGCAGAAUGACAGCCAUAAAGCACGCACUCCAGAGGGACAUUUUCACCCCCAACGAUGAGCGUCUUCUCAGCAUCGUCAACGUCUGCAAGGCGGGCAAGAAGAAGAAGAACUGCUUCCUGUGUGCCACAGUGACAACGGAGCGUCCGGUGCAGGUCAAGGUUGUUAAAGUAAAGAAGUCAGACAAAGGAGACUUCUACAAGAGACAGAUGGCCUGGGAGCUUCGGGACCUGGCAGAGGUUGAUGCUAAAGAUGCCAACAAGGAGAACCCAGAGUUUGACCUCCAUUUUGAGAAGGUGUACCGCUGGGUGGCCAGCAGCACAGCAGAGAAGAACUCUUUCAUUUCCUGCAUCUGGAAGCUGAACCAGCGCUAUCUGAGGAAAAAGGUGGAAUUUGUCAACGUCAGUCCUCAACUGCUGGAAGAGUCAGUCCCCAGUGGUGAAAGCCAGAGCGUCGCCGGUGGCGACGAGGAUGCUCUGGACGAUUACCAGGAGCUGAACACCAGAGAGGAGCAGGACAUUGAGAACAUGAUGCAGGUGUGCGAGUACGCCAUCUCCAACGCAGAAGCCUUUGCUGAGAAGCUGUCGCGUGAGCUGCAGGUUCUGGACGGGGCGAACAUCCAGUCCAUCAUGGCAUCGGAGAAGCAAGUGAACAUACUGAUGCAGCUGCUGGACGAGGCCCUGGCUGAGGUGGACACGAUCGAGGGCAAGCUCCUGGGCUACGAGGAGAUGCUGCAGAGCGUCAAGGAGCAGAUGGACCAGAUCUCCCAGAGCAACCACCUCAUCCAGAUCAGCAACACCAAUAACAGCAAGCUGUUGGACGAGAUCCAGUUCCUGGUGAAUUAUUUGGAUCUGUCUAAAGGGCACAUCCGAGCUCUGCAGGAGGGAGACCUCUCCUCUCCUAAAGGCAUCGAGGCCUGCACCAAUGCUGCCGAGGCUCUUCUACAGUGUAUGAAUGUAGCCCUCCGCCCAGGUCAUGAUAAGCUGUCAGCAGUGAAGCAGCAGCAGCAGUUGUUCACUGAACUCAGAGAUGUUUUCGCCCGGCGCCUCACCAACCACCUCAACAAUGUGUUUGUGCACCAGUUCAACCACUUCAGUCACUUCAAAAUGACCAUCCCUCAAUUCUAUAGGUCGUCCUGUCUGUCACUCCCUGGUCAUGAUCAGAGCUCCACGCUGGCGCAGCACGUAGCUGAGCUCACCCUGCCCAAGCACAGCCCUCUGCACAGAGACCUGCUGCGCUACGCCAAGCUGAUGGAGUGGCUGAAGAGCACGCAGAGAGAGAAGUACGAGGGCUUGUCCCGGACCUACGUGGACUACAUGACUAGACUGUACGAGAGGGAGAUCAAAGAUUUCUUUGAAAUCGCGAAAAUCAAAAUGGCAGGAACUACAAAGGAAGGGAAGGGAAAAUUUGCCACUCUUCCGCGGAAAGAAAGCGCUCUCAAACAGGAGACAGAAAGUCUCCAUGGCAGCUCGGGCAAGCUGACCGGCUCCACCUCCAGCCUCAACAAGCUGUCGGUCAAUAGCUCCAACAGCCGGCGCUCACAGUCCUCCUCCCUACUGGACAUGGGCAACAUGUCCGCCUCAGACCUGGACGUGGCUGACAGGACCAAGUUUGACAAGAUCUUCGAGCAAGUCCUCAGUGAGUUGGAACCUCUGUGUCUCGCUGAGCAGGACUUUGUCAGCAAGUUUUUUAAACUGCAGCAGCACGCAGCACUGGCUCAGGGAGAGAACAUGGAAGAAUCUGAUGGCUUAGGCUACUCCAGACCAUCCAGCGAGCACAGACAGUCCAUGUCCUCAGACAAGGACGUGGUCCGGCAGAUGAUGAACAAGAUCUUCCACAGCAUCGAGACGGAGCUGAACAGCCUGAUAGCGCUGGGCGACAAGAUCGACAGCUUCAACUCGCUCUACAUGCUGGUGAAGAUGAGCCACCACGUGUGGACGGCCGAGACCGUAGACCCUGCCUCCUUCCUCAGCACCACCCUGGGCAACGUGCUCGUCACUGUCAAGAGGAACUUUGACAAGUGCAUCUCAGGCCAGAUCAGGCAGAUGGAGGAGGUGAAGAUCUCUAAGAAAAGUAAGGUGGGAAUCCUGCCCUUUGUCACCGGCUUUGAGGAGUUUGCCGAGCUGGCAGAGACCAUUUUCCGCAACGCGGAGAGGCGGGGCGACCUGGAUAAGGCAUAUGCCAAACUCAUCCAAGCUGUCUUCCAGAACGUGGAGAAAGUGGCCAGCGAGAGUCAGAAGACUCCCCGCGACGUGGUAAUGAUGGAGAACUUCCACCACAUCUUCUCCACUCUGUCACGCAUGAAGAUCUCCUGCCUGGAGGCAGAAAGGAAGGAAGCCAAGCACAAGUACCUGGACCAUCUUCAGUCGUACGUCAUCAACUCCCUGGGACAGCCACUGGAGAAACUCAAUCACUUCUUCGAGGGAGUGGAGGCCCGAGUGGCUCAGGGUGUACGUGAAGAGGAAGUGAGUUACCAGCUGGCCUUCAGCAAGCAGGAGCUGAGGAAAGUGAUUAGAGAAUACCCUGGCAAAGAGGUGAAAAAGGGCCUGGACAACCUCUACAAGAAGGUGGACAAGCACCUGUGUGAGGAAGAGUCUCUUCUGCAGGUGGUGUGGCACUCCAUGCAGGAUGAGUUCAUCCGCCAGUAUAAGCACUUUGAAGGCCUGAUAAACCGCUGCUACCCUGGAUCGGGCAUCACCAUGGACUUUACCAUACAGGACAUGCUGGAGUAUUUCUCCAGUAUUGCUCAGUCCCACUAGUGCUGGGAAAAGAGACAAAAUGGAACCGUUAUGGACGGUUAAGAAUGAAGUAUGCGUGAGGCAAGGGAUUUGGUGGUUAUCAUAAAAGGAUAUUCAAGGCCACCUAUUCUCUGUGUUUGUGUGUGUGUUAAAAUGAAUUUCAUUCAUGCAGUGUAUUCAUCAACAUGUUUUGUUGCAAGCAGAGAUCAAACAGCAUUAUCGUUAAGGAAACAUGAAUUACGGAAACUUGGCAAAACCACACGUCCGCUGACCGACGUAGCGGGUCUGGCGUCUUUAUGAGGGCAAGAGCCAUUGUUUCUCAGUAUGAUGACGCUACUAUGUUGUACAUUGGUAAUGCGUUUCACACUACAGGAACUAAACGUUGUUUUGUUUUGUUUUUUGGGGGGAGGGGGGCGUUGUUGCAAAAUCACACAUUACAAUUCUUUAAGUCUUUAUCUUGCUUCUCUGCCGUUUGCACUUGUAUCGAGAAACUAAUGCCAAAUGUUAAGUAAAAAAGCUUCAUAUGUA